AUGCGUUUUGUCAGGAUCCUCAAUGUCCGCUUGGCCAUAUGUGUCCGCGCAAUGGAUCGUGCAACAUUCCUGCGUGCAAGUUUCUUCCGGAGAUGCACAACAUCGAUGUCAGCCAAAUUUACGAGUACAACACUGCAACCAAAGAGCGGAAGAGGGUGUCGGUGCCCGUCUAGGAGGAAUCUCAACCAUAUAUUCCGAAGUCUCCGCCAGUUCAGAAGACAUGCUCUGACCCGGCGGUCAGUGUCCUUCUACAUGUUUUGGAUUGAGGAGACAAAGCGUCAAUCGCUUAGCCCCUUGCCGAUCUGCUCGAACUCUUCGUUGGGCCCGAGGGAACCCCAGGUUUGGGCCAGCGAUGACGCUGAAACGCAUCGCUGGGUGUUAGUUGGACUUUCCAUGAUCCCAUCCCUUCCGACACGAGGUUGCCGGAUAUUUCUUUUCUUGCGCGAUGAGAUACCCCUUCCGCAUUGCUGCUUUCCUUCCAGCUUGCUGACUUUUUCUGCCACGAGCAAUUCUUCCCGCCAAUAA